AUUGAGGACACGAGUACUCCGUAUCCUCCAAAGCAUUGCAAUGCAUUUUGCUCUCUCUUACAGAAUUCUUGUUAUCCCGUCUUCUGCGUUGAUCUCAUUCUCUUCCCCCGUGCCUUCAGUACUUACCCGCGACCUCAAUUCAUUCUCCCAUCGGAUAUCCAGUCAUGGCCGUGAGAACCCGCCAAAUGUCCAAGUCAGACACGAGCAGUCCUCCAACUGUAUCUCGCGAGCCGAUCCCAGUGACUCUCUUAUCCGGCUUCUUGGGCAGCGGAAAGACAACCCUCCUCAAACAUGUCCUGACCUCCGACCAGCAUUCAUUGCGCAUCGCCGUGAUCGUCAACGACAUGGCCGCGCUCAACAUCGACGCCUCCCUGAUCAAACGCCACGUCGUCUCGCAGACGCAAGAACGCCUGAUCCAGAUGGAGAACGGGUGCAUCUGCUGCACGCUCCGGGGCGAUCUGCUCGAGGAGCUUGCGAGGCUCGCGCGCUCCGGCGAAUGCGAGUACAUCCUGAUCGAGAGCACGGGCAUCAGCGAGCCUAUGCAAGUGGCCGAGACGUUCACCGAGGAGUUCGCCCAGGCCAUGAUAGAUGCUGCCAACGAUGGCUCGAUGCAGGGACAGCAGGACGACGAGAGGGUCUUGAAGGAGAUAGCAGAUCUGGGCGGUCUCCAGAAAAUCGUCAAGCUCGACACCCUGAUCACUGUCGUGGACGCUUUCAACUUCUUCCAAAACUUCUCGACGACCGAAUUCAUCACGGAUCGGUGGGGAAAAGAGGGUGUUGACCCCGAAGAUGAACGCACCGUAACGGAUUUGAUGGUAGACCAAAUAGAGUUCGCCAACACCAUCAUCCUGAACAAGGCCGACAGCGUCGACAAUCCCACCCGAUUACGUGUCAGGGGGAUCAUCCAACAACUCAACCCCGCGGCCAAGGUCUUCGAGGCAAAUUUCUCCAAAGUCGACGUCCAAGAGAUCAUCGGGACCAAGACGUUCUCUUUCGAAAAGGCCGCCACGAGUAUGGGCUGGCUCCAGAGUCUGCACGACCUGAGCAAGCGCGAGAUCAACGGGCAAAUCAAGAUCGGACCGAAGCCAGAAACCGAAGAGUAUGGCAUAUCAAGCUUCGUAUAUCGCGCUCGCCGGCCGUUCAAUCCACGACGCUUGUAUAGAUUGAUCCACGACAAAUUCGUCAUCAUGGAGGGCCAGAUACAGGAUCAAGAGGACAAUGGCAACGAUGACGAAAUGGACGUCGAUGAUGCCGAGCAUUCCCCUGAGACCGACGGCAGCAACGAUACACGAGCCAACAGCGAGGCCGAUAGCGAAGGCGCCGACGAGGACAUACCGUCAGACAUUAGCGAAGAAGUAGAAGAGGAGGAAGAAAGUGAAGAUUUUACCAAGUCUGUCAAACCCGAGGUAUGUCGGUCCCCCUUCCUGACUCCCGAGCCUCGUCGCCCCGAGGUCCUCUCUUCAGCCUCCUCCAGUCCUUUCGACUCCUUUCCCAUUUUGAGUUCCCAUGUAUGCCGUCCAGCGAGACUGCAGAACGUCGAAAAGUCUCGACAUACUCACCACGUCAAUUGCGCCUUGCAGGUCGUUGUUCGCAACAAAAAGUCCCACCCCAUUUUCUCCGGCCUCCUCCGCUCCAAGGGCUUCUUCUGGCUCGCCACUCGCCCCGACUUACACGGAGAAUGGAGUCAAGCCGGUACCAUGCUGACCUUGCAAGGCGGAGGUCCUUGGUUCUGUACCCUCGACGACGCCGACUGGCCCACCGAUACCGACACCCGCGCCAGCAUCCAGGCAGACUUCGCCGAGCCAUGGGGUGACCGAAGACAGGAGAUUGUGUUUAUUGGCGAGAAGCUCGACCACGCAGGUCUGACGGCCGAGUUCGACCGGUGCUUAUUGUCGGACCGCGAGAUGAACAAGUGGGAGAGGAUCAUGAAGUCGUCCGAGGACAAGGAGGCGGUCCAUGAUCGCUUGGCCCAAGUAUUCGAAGAUGGCUUUGAGGACUGGCCUGAACUCGUGCAUGAUGAAGAGGGAGAAGGACAUGGGCAUAGCCACUCGCAUGCACAUGGGCAUUAGUAUAGAGUGGUUUGGGCUACGGCAAGAAGCUAUCCACAACAGCUUGAUGGGUAUCCUCCGGCACCCGGCGGAAGACGUGACUUACAAAUGGUACCUGAUUGUCAGGAAAUGAGAGGGAAACUGACAGGCCUCUCAUGUCUCCACGAUUCUACAAAAGUUGACAGACCCCAAGACGGUGAUAGAUAUAUCAUAGGAGGUCGUUUGCGAAAAAUCGACCGACUAUUUUCAAGGACGCCUUGGCGGCUUCUAUGCACUACUCAGGUCCACGUAGGUGAGGCUCACCAGCCUACUGAAGGUGCAUGAAAAACUGGCACAUAAUUUCUCUGCUGUGAUUGGUACAUAUCCUGCGUCCUUACAUCCUAUGAUAGUCAGUACAUGCUCGGAUAGACAAUCCAGGGCAAUACAAACGAUGUUCCGGAGCCCA